GCGCACACAGAGGCUGCAUCGUUUGGUUCCCUAGCAGCAGCAGUGGGAGGAGCUUCGUCUGGUUUAGCAUUGGCGUUAAGACUUGGUUUUGCCACAUCGUCACAUAACAACACAGACUCUCCGGUUUUAUCGGAGACAGCGCUUUAAACAGGCCCUGCGGCCAUGGCCAAAACCCCCUUAGCCGAGGCGGGCUUUUAUUUUGAUGAACUCAACAAGCUCCGUGUACUGGAGCCUGAUGUCAGCCAGAAGACCUUGGAGCUUAAGGAGGAGUGUAAAGAAUUUGUAGACAAAAUUGGACAGUUUCAGGAGAAAGUCGGAGGUCUCAUUGAGCUGGUUGAUGAACUGGCAAAAGAGGCAGAGACAGAAAAAAUGAAGGCAAUAGGAGCCAGAAACCUGCUAAAGUCGGUUGCUAAACAGAGGGAGGCUCAACAACAGCAACUUCAGGCUCUUAUUGCUGAAAAAAAAAUGCAACUUGAGAGGUAUCGCAUUGAGCAUGAGGCAUUGUGUAAAGUGGAGACGGAACAGAAUGAGUUCAUCGACCAGUUCAUUCUGCAGAAGUGAGACUACCAUUAAUGCAGUCAAUGCCUGGCCAUGGGUGAGGCCCACCUCACAAUGGCUUUAUGGCACUCAGUUGUUUUUUAAAUCCAACCCCAAAGCUCUAGCAUUUUCAACAUCAACACUUCUCUCCUCUCUCACCUGACUUCUGCCAUGCCUGUGUGUGUGAAGCAAUAGCCAGUGAAGUAUUGUAACUUUGAAUAUAAUUAGAAAGUUAGACAUACUAGGUGUCUCAACAUCUGAGACCAACUCCAAAGAAGAUGGAGCUAUUUAUACAAAGGAAAAUAAUUUAUACUAUUUAUACUGAAGAGUUAAUUUCUAAAUCUAGUUUGAUUACUUUUGUAUUAAUUGAAAUCUUGCAUGUAUUUAAAUUCAUCUUGGGUUUUAAGUGUGAUCAUCUAAAAAUUACACUUUUAUUUCAUCCUUUAUGGUACAGUCAGUAUCUGGGCACAGUGCAGGAGGAACAGUCUACUCUAAUUUUUUUUCUUUAUGUUAAUCUUUGUCUUUUAUGCAGUAACUAGAGGACGAAUGGUUAUACUUGAAGAAAAAGUGUACAUUGUGUUAGCAAUUUGCCUGUAAAACUGGACAAAACAGUAAUACACAAGAGCAUUAGUAUGUAUUGUUAUUUUGAUAAAAAUGACUUGAUAUUUAUAUUUGUAUAAAGUUUAAUUUUUUUUUGACACUUGACCAAAGGCAUUUUUAAAAGCGGUUUCAUAUUUAUCAUAUGUAGCUUAAAGGACACAUUGGUUUUAUUUUGAGUAACAUAUUUUUAAAUCCAGGCGAUGUUAUCUGGAAGUUGAGUCAUGGCAUCUGAACUUCCUUCUUCAAUUAAAGGCUUCUGAGGAACUUUGUCAAAAACCUUAUACCUUGACACAACAGCAACUGUCACCUUGUACUUAGUUUUCCCACCUGCCACUAUUUAUGUGCUGUAGAAAAGAUUAGUGUAACAAGUCACGAUGAACAGUUACUUGUAGCUAUGAUAAUUUUCAUGAUCAAACUACUCUGGUAACAGCUUUGAUGGGAACAGCCUCCAAAAUGUGUUUUAGCUGUUCAGUUGGAUUAGUUCUAAUUUUAACCCAUUCCUGUUCACUUUCAGAUUUAUGUUUUAGCUCAAUAUCCACUGUCCAUGAUCCAUUGUGUCAUUUUAAUUCAGAAUUUAUUCUGAUAAGAACGAUACAGCAGAAUAACUUCAGAGGUUCUAUUUAGUAAAGGAGCUGGAGAUGUUUGUUUUGCUAACUAUGAUGUUUCAAUUUACAGAGAUGACACAUUUUUACAUUUUUUUUUAGUUUUCACCUUCAGGAAUUUGUAAGACAUCUUUCAGUUAGUGGCUUAACAUAAAGUAUAUUGGUGGCCUGCGUUAAUUGUGUGUGGAAUCCCAGACAUUGAGGCUUAUAACAUAUUUUUGAUAGUUCCACAGCUGGACUGCAUGGCACAAACACAGCUUGAUAUACCAAUGGAUUUUUAGGAAUGGUUUUACCUUAAAAGAAACUAGGGGAUUAUGUGUAACCUGCCUUUUUGUGUACAUCUUUCAUCCGUUAGCAUUGAUAAUCUGCACACAUUCAGGAUAAGUAUUUACACUUUAUUAAGAUACUUGCUCAGUAUGAAUGUCCAUAUUACACAUUAACAGCACAAGAGCUUGUGGCAAGGCUCCAUGUUCUCAGUAGCACCACAGUGGCCUCACAAAGUUUACUUCUUGGUAUACUGUAACAUCAAAGAAUUAAAUUAAAAAUAAUGCAGUUUUGUUUUAACUAUUAAAUACGGCCUUCACACUUACUUUAUCAAGAAUCCAAUCAGCAUCUGCUAUAGCUCUCUGGAUUAUUGAUUUUAUCCUUUGUGGGUCAUCUUCAUCUGAGUGACUGUUGUAACCCUGGAAACAUUAAUGCAACAUUAGAGCACAGGGCUGAGAAGACACGUAUAACCACCAUACAUCAACAUUUAACAAUGAACUACAUUUGUAAAAAGUCCAUAGAAACCGAAGCUGUCAAAUAAAUCAAAGUCUUGUCAGUAUUAGACAAAGCAGGCUCCAGGUCACACCACUGUCAGACCAUAUACAGUACAAAUGAGUUGAAGUUAAGGUUAGAUUCAUUAGUUGAUUGGCAGCAGCUGUGUUUCCAGCUUCACUAGUGUAAGGAUGUGCUAUUUUUUUUUGUAUUACUGUGAUUUGACUAGAUUUACUUUACGCUGGACCAUCAUUUAGAAAAAAGAAAACUUUAAUGCUGUUAUAAACGCUGUGUAGUCACAGAUCAGCGUGUCCACGCUGCGACCGGUCCGCCACAACAUUGACACUGCCAGAUAUAAAACACCUCACAUCCAUGGUACAAGUUUCAACAGAUGUGCACAACAAAGGGUCACCUGUCUUAUGGCAUGUCGGUAAUGAUGCUGCAUUGCUGCGGUCGGCAACCGUCUACAGCAUCUCAGGAGAUAUCGAUAAAGCUGCACUGGGGUCUGAAUCAAAUAAGCGCCAACUAAAGGAGACAUUCCUUCCUCCUGGACAGCUAACAACUACCUGAGGGACAAUACAAGAACUGAGCGCGAUGAGGGUAAAUCCGGACUCCUUUCCCACCAUCAGCAGAAGAACCGAAGGAGAAGAAGCGCCUGACCAAUGACCAGAACAGGGUGGAAGCUCUGACACCACAGCAGCUGGAGGACACAGACCACAGCAUGGACGCCUCACAGACUCCCACAACGUCUUCAGCCAGCUACUACAAGCGUGUGUGUCUGACGCAGACACCUGCUUAUGACAAUCAGCAAAGGAAAACAAGGACAGAGCAACAGCAGAGAAGACGUGCUCUGACACAGACACUGGUUCAAACAAUAGGAGAGGCUUCAGACGUGAUCGGCCCAAAAGAGCUGCACGUGAGGAUCCAGGAAAGGUCUGUCAUCGAGGAACAACUGUCCCAUUGAAAGGCUUCACCUACUGGCGCUCACAUCAGACUGAUGGUUGGGGAAGGAGGAAGGUGACGGUUCCUUUUCACGUGACGUACAAGACGGUACCGCAAACACACACACAAACAUUUCCACGCACACAAUGAAGAAACACGCUUAAAAUGAUGACAAACAGCUAAAUGACAACUGCUGCAUGACUUUACAGUCUGAUGGGUUCAAACUAUUUUAACUUGCAACAAAUUCAGUAAUAAAAUCCUUCAUGUUUCUAAAAAUACUUGUGGACUUGUGCACAAUAUAGGUUUGUCUGGCCAGACUGUAGAAAAACAAAACAGACUGUAGAAAAAACAAAGAAACAGACUAUAGGAAGACUGAGACUGACUGAAACAGACUAUUAAUGACUAUUAAAGGGAAGACGACUAUUAGAGAAAAGUAAUAAUAAUUACUGUACGUACCAGACUAUUAAAGAAAAAUUUACUCUUUCACUGUCUUGUGCAACAUCUGCAGCAAGACACCUUAACAUUCAUUUUUGCUUUCAAACUUAUGGCCAGUUAAAUUUUUAGGAAGAGAUCUCAUGUAAAUUAGGUAAUUGAUUGAUUUCCACUCCAGACGGAGUGCAGGUUACAUCUACAGACAUUCUAAAUAAUCCCUCUUUUGUUGGUGUUAACUUCAGCUCAGCUGUGCUCUUAUCGGUGGCUGCUGAGGGGGGGGGGGCUGUAACUGAGGCCCUCACACAGGCUGCAUCACAGCUUGUUUAUGAUUUCACACACACUCAAACUGACCGCAACUUCCCUCUUUUGGGAUGAACACAGGUCUGCGCUUGCGAUUUCUUUUACUAACGAACAAAAAGAUUUUUGAUGUUUAUUCUACAGUUCCACAUGUCCCUCUGUGAAAACAUGAUGGAGACAGAUGCAGGACGUGGGUCCUUUCGUGAACAGAUGUCAACGGGGUGGAGACUGGUGAACGACUUCUGACCCCAUGUGACGUAUUUACCCACAUUACAGGCUUUUGUUUUUAUUUUUAUUUUUCAGAGGACGCUCUGACCCAACACUCAGCCUUACAGGAAGCCCUGCUUCCCUGUGGCUCACACACAUAUGAUGUAGGUUUGAUCAGAGGAUGUGAACCAGUGGUCAUCACGACUAAAUCUGACCAUGAAUUCAAACAACAGCCUCUUGAAAGAAGCCAUAGAUGGCGUUACUGCAGACACCACUAAGAUACUGAAACAUUGGAUGCUACAGGCCACAAAGAGAGCCUGUCUAAAUUACAGUUUGUUCAGACAAAGGUUAUUUUUCUGGGUCAUUGUAAAUACAGCUGAUGGCAAAUCCGUCUCACCCAACUGAGUUGAAGCAAUUUGAAACCUGCCUAAACCGUGCACGUAUAAACAGCUGAUGUCUUUUCUAGGUCUUUGUUCUUAUUGUAGAAACUUUGUUCCAACUUUUACUGUCUUUGAGGCCCCACUCAGGGUUCUGAUGCAGACGUCUUCAUCGUCCACUUCUUGUCUCACGUGGACGUCUGAGGCUGAACAACGUUCACUGACCUCAUGCUUGCUCUUCAUUCGGCUCCUACUUUGGGUCUUCCUGAUCUGACCCUACGCGACCUUUCACUCAAACAGUGGAUGAGAAAUCAGGUUGUACGACUUCUGUUCUUUUGUCCUUAUACUGUUUUUGAUUCUUUUGGAAUAGAUCACAUCUUUCUACAGCCCGAUGGCUUAGAUGCAACACCACCUUGCUCAACAUGCUGAACGUUACUAUCAAGAUGCCGUCUGGUGCUUUGCUAAGACACUACUCUGCUCAGGCUGCAGAGUUGAUCGCGUUGACUGAAGCUAGUAAACUAGCAGAAGGAAAGUCUGUUACCAUCUACACAGACUCUACAGAUGCUCUGUGGAAGCAUAGGAAGCUUUUGAAGUCUGAUUGCAAACCUAUCUCACAUCAUGAUUAGGUUACUGCUUUGCUGGACGCUGUCCUGCCACCUACAGCUAAUGCUGUUUUUACAUCAUCAGUGACGACUUUGUUUGUGCCGACAUGCAGCUGUAGACGCUGCUGCGAAGGUCGCUGCCCAACAACCCCUCCCUCUCCUGAUCCUUGUUCCCUCUCAUCGUUUCCUCUCCUCAUCCUCGUUUCCUCUCCAAUUCUCUCUACCUCUCCUUCUCUCUCUCCCUGUGCUUUAAACAUUUUCUACCUCACAGGAACGCAGACUCUGGCUGACGAAUGGUUCCACCUGUAGCCACUGAGUCUGGUUUGGGCCUGAUGACAAGCCGUGCCGCCCAAACACCUUUUCCCCAUAAUUCAGAUUUCCCAACAGGUAAAAGCAGGCGACAGGACCAUUUCACCAUCCAACCAGGGGACUGGGCGAUCGUUAAGGAGUUCAGGAGGAAGCACUGGGACUCCAAACAGUGGCGAGGCCCCUUCCAGGUCCUUCUGACGACCAACACGACUGUAAAGAUCACAGAAAGAGCGACUUGGAUCCACUCCAUCCAGGAAGGUCCCAGAUCCAACAGACGACCCUACAUCUACAUCCCACGAAGAAAACCACCACUGACAUAAAGAACUGAGAAGGACGACCCUCGCUGUGCUCACACACGCACUGAGGCGAGGCUGCGUUGACCGUUCAGCUAAAGGUGUGAGCCAAGCGCCGCCUGAAGCUGCACCGGGGAAUCACACUAUCAGACCAUACAUCUACACACACGCUCCUGAGAAAACACACACACGAGCAGCCUUGAGUUGCCGACGCUGGACGACGUGUAGACUCUUCACAUCACGGGAGUGACAGUGACUCAGACGACAUUGGGAGGAAACCUGGCGGUGAUAACGAAUCCCAAGUGUCUCUGUGAUCAGCUGAUCACAACCUGAAGAACCUCAACGAACUGUCAAUACUUCAACAUACAGGUUGGAAACAAUCUAACGCUGCUGUUCAACAGGAAGAAGCAGAUUGUUACGAGACAUCACAUGUAACCUUGUUGUGUUAGACUUCAUUUUAUGUUACUCUGAUUAUUGCCUUUAUCGUAUGAUGUUUCCUUGUAACUUUACACAACAACAACACUGAGUUUAAAUAUCCUAAAGUUGAUUUGGUGUUUAAUUUGCUCACAAUCACUUUAUUCACUGCUACAAAAAAAUUUUUAUCCUUCAUCUACAGAUGAAAGACAACACAAGCGGAAAUAUGCAUCAUCAUUCUGGUUAAAUCCCUGAUUCUCUUAUUCGCUCUAGACGCAAAUGUACAAUUAAAGAUCCGAAAGCACAAAAUCUAUCUUAAGAUUAUAUGAAACAGAACCCCACCGGAAACCUAUGGCUAUCAUAGAUUAAUUGUCUUUAUUACAUUACAAUUGAAUGGCCGUAGACAUGUUGUUAGCAGAGAAAAGAGGCCUUUGUGUUAUGUUUGGAGAGGCAUGUUGUACUUACAUCCUGAAUAACACUGAUUCUAAUGGUAUUGUGGCGAAGGCGCUCCACGGCCUUCAGAAUCUCAGCUAACUCUGGUAUAGAUUCCUCCUCUUAGAAUUGGCUAGACGAAAUGUCUGGAAAAUGGAAAAUCUUUUCUCAUGUCCACAGCUGUUUCCUUUAUAAUUGAGAUGGCUGUGAUUCUCUUGUUUGGUUUUUGCGUUAUCCCACUGGUUAGAGGUCUCAUCAUGCGUGCGACCCCAGCAACACUCUCGUAUCAAAUGACACAAUGCACUACGUUCAAAAACCCCAACUCUAAUUCACGUAAUGACUUUGACAAUGGUCUUAGGCUAUCUGACCACAUAAUAUAAUCUGAUACAAAUAUGAUUAUGAGCUUAUUUUCUUCACAUGCCAAUACAGAGGUUAUUCUUGUAUAACUACCCACAAAAACAGCUCCCAACCUUUUGUCCCUAAAUUACUUGCAUUUUAUAUGGAGGUGUAUUUUGAAUCUUGAUGAGUUAAUAGCCUUAUAGUUUCAUUUGCAAGGAUAUUUUAUUAUUACAGAAUGUGAUGUUGACAAUUUUUUUUCUUUUAUGGUUUGAUUAUUGUGUAAUCAAAAGGGGGGAGUGUUAUGGGAAAAAUUGUCUCUUCCUUAUUUCUAUGUGUCUUCCUUAUUUCUAUGCAUUUCUAUGCAGUUAUUAUACGAGUUAUGACUUAUGUCCUGCAAUUAAUAUCUUAUGUUUUGUCUUACUGUAUGCAUUUGACAUUUCACCUACAUUGUUCAAUGGUUGUCUCUGCCUGAUAGACUCUCAACUCUAGCUCCCAAACCCAAGGUCGGGGAGUUGUGUCUCUGUCUGUUGAGACUUGGUGCUCCUUUCUCACAGAUAGUUGGACGUCAGCGAUGCAGGUGUGAGAAUGUAAAUAUCUUCACACACACUGCGACAGGGAGGAGAUGGUGCAUGUAAUUUGAUUGAGUUAGAAAGACAGUCCACCCUAGUCGGACAGAGGAGCUAAAAGGCAGAAGCAGCUUGAAGAUCGUGGGCUCUUUGCAUCACACCUUCGUGGUGUGUGCACUGAUCUCCCCAGCUGGUUUUUGGUUUGUUGAUGUGCACUAUCAACAUCCAUGCUUUUUAUUUGCUUUCCCCAUUAUUUUUAUUUUCUUUAUUAUUUCAAUUAAUCGCACAAAAGGACAACUCUCUCUCAUCUACUUCUUUAUGGAAAAUUUCCACCACAAGUCCCUUUGAUGUGUUAGGCAGUUUUUAUCAUUGUUGCUGAUAAGACUGAUCACUGUGGUGUUUUCUGUAUCAAUAAAUCCCCUAAACACGAA